AUGCGUGAGCUAUAUUUUGUAUUCAUUAAUUUUGCACUAAUCCCGUUUCUUGAUAGCGCAUUGUGGCUCGUGGCUGAGGGAGUCUAUGAAGAGGUUGUAACUCCUGAAGCUUUACCGGAAUGUUUUGGAGAGCGCUUUAGCCCAAAACGACCAUCUCCUGUAGUGGCAUCAUUAGUAGUGCAGGAGUUGUCUAAGCCGCCGCCGGAGAAAUGCCUCCGUAAUCACUGGAACGUUACCGUUCUUCCAGAAGGUGUCCGAGCUCGCCAAGAUGCUGUCAACUGGAUGCUGAAGGUGCAUUCUCACUACAAUUUCAGACCCGAAACGACUUAUCUAUCAGAGACCUAUCUGGAUCGCUUCCUCUGCACCUAUGGUCUUCCUGGGAAGGAAUGGUCCUUGCAACUGCUAUCAGUGGCACACAUAGCCGUAGCUGCAAAAAUGAAGGAAAGGAGUGUUCCACUUCUAUUAGACUUACAGGCAGAAAUGGAAUAA